GUGUAUAAUGCGACAUGGCACUAUGUGGAGGGUGUUGGUGGUAGGGGAUUUGGUAUGCAAGUGAAAAAGGGCCAUCCACCGCAACUGUGGACAGAUGAUGAGGUGAGGAAGGGUUCUGUAGAGGACAAUAAUGAUAAUGAGAAACCCGAGGAUGGACGUCUGGAGUUGAUGGUGCUUACCUCUAAGAAAGGAUGGUCAUACACAGAGUUCAGUAUGGAGGGGAGCUGCGAUAUUUAUGUUAACAAGGAGGUGAUGCGUGUAUGGUAUAAAAUUCUAAAAGAUAUGGAUGAGUAUUUU